GUCAUGUGAAAAGGAAAACAAACUUGAUCUGGCACUGCCACUUCACUAUGCCAUGGACAUCUUUCCAUGUUCUGUCAAAUGAUAUCGUCUGCUAAAUUGAAUGGAUUGAACUAAACAGUGCUCUUCCUCAUCAGCUGUGUUGGACGCGCAAUGUGUCAAAAUGCAUGACGCCUAUGAAGCUGCCCCUGUGUUUGAGAAGCUACCUCUACACAUAGAAUCCAUCGCCUGUUUUGAAUCAACUCUACUUGUGGGUACAAGACAAGGUGUACUUCUACAAUACAAAGUCACCAAAAAUGGUAACAACAAACUUGAUGUUCAGCUUGAAAGAUCAAACAAGUCUUUUGCAAAGAAGCCCAUAACACAGCUUGCUGCUGUGCCAGAGCUAUUCAUACUCAUCAGCUUAUCUGAUAAUGUGAUAAGUGUGCAUGACCUUACCUCUCUCACCUUGAUCACUUGUGUGAGCAAAACCAAAGGCGCCACUUUGUUUGCCAUCGAUGUCAAGAAAAGGCAAACAGCAAAUGGAGAUUUUCAACCCAGUUUAAGGAUUGGGGUUGCAUCCAAAAGAAAAAUACAGUUAUUCAAAUGGGAGCGAAAGGAUUUCUAUGAGAUAUUGAACGAUCUGAGCCUGUAUGACUUCCCACAUGCUCUGUCCUGGUGUCGAGAUUCAUUAUGUGUGGGCUUCAAGAGAGACUACUACAUCAUCAAUUCCACAACAGGGAAUCUGAAGGAGCUGUUCCCUGUGGGUGCCAACCAGCCCGACCCCAUUGUGACCCGUCUCCACGACCACCGACUUGCCUUAGGGCGGGACCACAUGUCCAUACUUAUAAACGCUGAUGGAGACCCCACUCAGAAAGAACCAAUCUUAUGGUCAGAAAUCCCCACUGCCAUGGAACAUUGUCCUCCUUACCUUAUCGCAAUACUGCCAAAAUAUGUGGAGGUGAGAACAAUUGACCCAAAACUGAAAAUACAGGACCUCACACUGCCCAAAGCCAGACUCAUUUGUCAGGGGGAUGGCUCCAUCUAUGUGGCAUCUCCCAACAAUGUAUGGCGUCUGGCACCAGUACCUUACUCCAUACAGAUUCGACAGCUCCUACAGGGGAAGGAGUUUGAACUAGCCCUCAAGUUAGCGGAGCUGUCUAAGGAACCUGAGAGUGAGAAGGAAAAAAGGAUACGAAAUAUCAAGAAUUUGUAUGCCUUUGAACUCUUUUGCCAGAGGAGGUUUGAAGAGUCUCUCACUCUAUUUGCCAAGCUAGGGACAGACCCCAGUCAUGUGAUCGGACUGUACCCGAACCUGCUACCUCAAGAUUUCCGCAACAAGCUAGAGUACCCGGCCAAGGUUCCCGACCUGACAGACACGGAGUGUGAGAAGGGAUACCUCGGCCUCAUAGAGUAUCUCACCCAGAAACGAAAUGAGCUGCUGAAAGACAUAGACAAAGAGAUGUCUACCACUGCAAUAGUGGAGGGAAAUAAGACGAUUAACUCUCGCAAACAGCUAAGUCAGAUCAUCGAUACGACACUGCUCAAAUGCUAUCUGCAGACCAAUGACGCCCUGGUAGCUCCACUGCUCAGACUCAAAGACAACAAUUGUCAUGUAGAGGAGAGUGAGAGAGUGCUGAAAAGAAAGGAGAAAUUCUCAGAACUCAUUAUUCUCUAUGAGAGGAAAGGUCUGCACCAGAAAGCCUUGAACGUGUUGAUGAAACAAGCUGCUCGGCCAGACUCUCCUCUCAAGGGCCACGAAAGAACAGUGCAGUACCUUCAGCAUCUAGGUUCGGAGCACUUACACUUGAUAUUUGAAUAUGCGGAAUGGGUACUUAAGCAAUAUCCAGAGGAUGGUCUGAAGAUCUUCACGGAGGACCUGCCGGAGAUAGAGACGUUGCCUCGGGACAAAGUGUUGGACAAACUAGAGAGCAUCAACAGCGACUUGGCCUCACAGUACCUGGAGCACAUCAUUCUGGACUGCCAUGAUCAAAAAGAGGAAUUUCACAACCGUUUAGUGGACUUGUACAGAGACAGAGUACAGAAGCUCAGGGAUGAGUACGUCCACUCUCUCCCCGAAGGUCACCCACCCAGGAAGGAGGGGGAGGAGCCCAACGAGCUUGGGGUCAUGAGGAAGAAACUCAUCUCCUUCCUACAGAACUCACAGUAUUACAUUCCAGAGCGGCUUCUCACUCGCUUUCCCACGGAUGGUUUCUUUGAAGAACGUGCAAUUUUACUUGGUCGUUUGGGCCGGCAUGAGCAGGCUUUGAACAUCUACAUCCAUGUCCUCAAGGAUACAAAGCUAGCAGAAGAUUAUUGUGCCAAAAAUUAUGCAAGGGACAAAGAAGGAAAUAAAGACGUGUAUUACUUGCUGCUGAAGAUGUUCUUGGCACCUCCCGAGUCUCACCAGGCAGUAGGUGGGGCAGUAGGCGGGGCCACUGGGACUGUACUGGGCAGGAACAAAGUGGAUGUUGCCCUCAAACUCCUAGAGGACCACGCCCGACAGAUUGACACGGCCAAGGCCCUGGAACUGCUGCCAUCUGACACCAAGCUGAGAGACAUCCUCACCUUCCUGGAGAAUGUGAUGGAGAGUCAGGCUGUUCGUCGCCGUAGCAACCAGAUCCUUAAGAGCAUGCUCUAUGCCGAGAACUUGCAGGUCACGGAUCAGCUGAUCCGGCGCCAGUCUGUGAAGGUGAAUGUGACGGACGAAGACAUCUGCCGGUCGUGCAGGAAGAGAAUAGGACAGAGUGUGUUCUGCAGAUACCCCAACGGCCACCUUGUCCACUACUCCUGCUACACAAAGGAUGCCCAGAAACAGUAGAAGAAGCUCUUCUUCCUUGUAUUCCACUUUCAAAUGAUCGUGAUAUGUUGUAUUGUGUACUAGUCUUAUCUAUACAUAGCCAGGGUGCUAGGAGAUGAAAUAGUUUCAGUAUCUUUGUUUGCUUGUUUGCACCUUUAAAAUGACAGGGUUGUAGCCACUUUUUGCAAGAACUGAGUUACACACCUCAUGUUUUCUGACACUGAUCAGAUGUCGUGCACACUUUGUCAAAGGCUCGAAACACCAGCCUUUUUUUUUUCAGUUUGACCUUUGAACAAAUAAUGUGUAAUGCAUUUGAGCUGCAAGACUGAGAAUCUUUGAAACACAUUUUCUUAAAACUAUGCGUCAUGGAGUUAAAAAACCUACCACUCUAAGGGCACUUGUUGUUCCUAGCUUAUAUAGUCUCCAUACUUUUUAUUUACAGUUCUAAGGGGGGUUUUUCCAUUUGUUUGUUUUAUAUUGAUUCCAAUUAAUGGUUAUGAGGAUGCUGAUUUUUAUAGUAAUUGUAAGUCAAUGCAAUGCCAAGGGUACAAUUGUGCUAAAUGCAUCGAUCAGCAGAAAUAUGUGAAUAAUCAAGUACAUUUUUCUCUUUUGGGUAAGUUUACAUUAGUGAGAGAAAGUUCUUUUUUGCACGAUAUAAGUGGGGAAAUCUUUUUCCCUCUUUCUCUCCCACUCUCAUUCUGUGUCUGGUUUUUUUGUUUUUUAUCCUGCGUUUUCUUGCCACAACCCCACCACAUACAGUCCUGUCUUGCUUGUAGGCGUAGAUCUCAGACAAUGAGCUGGCUUGCUUGGUUGGUAUCAUGGAGAGCUAUGAUGCGGAUAGCCUUGGUUCAAAUCCACAAGCUUGUGAACUUGUGUUUGGCAGGGUAGUGUUCAAGGGUCGUUAACUCCUUGACUUGGUCCUCUAUUAAGAAAUGAAUGUCUUGAAAGGAAACAUUGACCCAACCCUAGGCAGGGAGCCCCAAAACUUUAAAGGUCCCUGAAAGACCUGCGAUGAACAGCAGCCUUCUUACUAGAGAUAGGAAUGUCCGUUUAAAGAUGAACGAGAAAAAGAAGAAGAGGAAGUCAUUGAUGAUUCAUUUAGAGAUGCCCCCUCUUAAACUACCGUACAGUGUUAGAAGGGAUGGGAAACCAACGCAUGCCAUACUAUUAUUAUAAGAUAUAAGAUGAAUGAUGUGAGGAUGAAGAAUGAAAUCACCUGUGAGUUACUCUGAUAUUGCUACUAUAGGUCUGUACAUAACAGUUUUGUUUUUAGGUUGAUUAAAAGUACUUUUCAUGUCUCAACCCAUUGAGAUUCAUUCUUUUUAUACAUUUAUUUAUACAUGUAACUAUUAUUUGUGAGGCAUCGUGGUGAAAUCAGGCGUUUGUCAUAAUAACAAAAUCGAAGUUAUCUGCAUUUUUCAGCUGGUGUGCCAAGUUGCACUGCAUUUUUGUUUUUUGGCUCAAGACCUUUUAUGUCGAUUUGAAAACACAUUUUUGAGAGGAUUUUUACAGAAAAA